AUGCAUUGCAUAUGCGAAGAAUCAGUUGCAUUGACUGCGCCUGCUUCUGUUGAAUACGCAGCUGACGGUGAUUGGCCCCUUGCCCGUUGGAUUGCCUCGGAGGUUCUCAAACGAAAGUCUCAAGGGACCGAGAACCCAGCUAAUGGACAGUUGCCUAUCAUCGUCGGAAUAACGGGGCCACAAGGAUGUGGCAAGACGACGCUCUGCGCUUCCCUCCUCGCUGGUCUCAGCGUCUUAGGCGUGAAGGCGGCAACAGCCUCUAUGGAUGAUUUCUACUUGCCCACUAAACUUCUACCACCCAUAAUCUUCAGGGGUGAACCCAACGCCAGGCCAAGACUUCUUCCUCGUCGUGGCCCUCCGGGCACACAUGAUCUAGCCCUGUGCUGCGGCGUGCUGAGACGCAUCAAGGAGAGAGAACCGAACAUCAUGCUGCCCAAGUACGACAAGAGUCAAAUGAAUGGAACGGGGGAUAGAUCACGUGAAGAGGUCCCGCUGGAUGCAGCGGAUCUCGACGUGUUUCUGUUGGAGGGAUGGAUGCUUGGUUAG